GUCACGGACAUGCGCAGUGGGGUUCGAGAAACGUCCAGGGAAGGAAUGAUGGCGUCUUCUGCUGCUCGCCGCUCCUCACGCUGGAUUACAGUCAUCGUGUCCUCGGGACAACGACGAGGCGCCGGUGCGGUCGUCGGUGGCGGACAUGGAGGGGUCCGAAAUGUCUCUUCAGUGGGAGCGGAGAAACUAUGGCGGGGCGGGAACGUGAUGUGUGGCGGAGCCGGGAGAGGGUUGACAUUGAGAGGGCUGUCAGGUGAGGCGGUGGAGGCUCAUCCAUAUGGCCUAGGCUAGGCUAGCUGCUUGUUUUUGUUGUAAUUUCAGCUGUACUUUUAGAGAUCCACGACCCACACUACUUAAGGAUACUUAAACCCGGACUAGAUUGUUCUAGAAAGAUUAUAACCUCUCUGAAACCUCAUUUAAAACCCUUUAUUCUACUGUGAAAAUGAUUUUACUGUCCUAGUAUUCACUUUGGAAACCAUGGAUCAGAUGUGAAAUCGCAAUUUUUGCACAUUCACAAAUAAAGAUAAGCUUUCAUAGAUCUUUAACAGCGUGUAUUCAAGAGCCUCUCUGAGAAGUUUAGUGACGUUUGAUGAAUCUUUGGGAUCAUUUUGUCCUGAUCUGAGAGGUCAGGACCUGAGGUUAAAAUAUACCAGCAAAACUUAACACUCUUACAUUUCCACAGAGAAAGUUUUUUAAUCUAGUCCAGAUCUGAGAGGCUUAGUACAAGAAAAAAAGUGAAAUUGACAAUAUUUGCAAUGCCACUUAAAGAAUAAAAGUUUCCCAAAUCUGAAGUUUUGUUCUAAGAAGUUUGUAGAGUCUCUUUAACAACCUGUUCCAGAUCCAACAAAACUAGUUUAAACGCUUUUCAAUCAGGAUUUUGUUUCCCUUAACAAACAAACUAGAAACCACCAAUAAGACUCUCCUGCUCCUCCUGUUUACUCACCCUUGUACCGUUUUUACACUCUGCAGGUAUCAAACCGCCAAAUGCCAUCAGCACACUGUCCUUUCACACAAGUGCCCCCGCCAACAGCAAGCAGGACUUCUACCAGAUCCUCGGUGUGCCUCGCACAGCAAGCCAGAAAGAGAUCAAGAAAGCCUACUACCAGGUCUGCUCCUGCCUGAUGUGUAUCCACAGCUGGGAUUGGCUCUCAGCUAACCAAUCGUUGUUUCUGUUUGUUGUUCCUUAGAUGGCCAAAAAGUAUCACCCCGACACCAACAAGGAUGACCCUCAAGCCAAGGAAAAAUUUGCUCAGCUGGCUGAAGCUUAUGAGGUUUGUUGUCAGUCAUGAUUUAAACUUCCUGAGGGUUAUACAGAAUGUUACAGUCGCUGGAGUAUAACUAACGAACUUUUUGUUUGUGUCAGGUCCUUAGUGAUGAAGGAAAGAGGAAGCAGUAUGAUACUUACGGCUCUGCAGGCUUUGAUGCUGGUCAGGCAGGCGGGAGGCAGCAGUACUGGUCCGGACAGGCCCAGCACGUAGAUCCAGAGGAGCUCUUCCGCAAGAUCUUUGGGGAAUUCUCCGGAGGGAGAGGCUUCGGAGACUUCAACGCCAUAUUUGAUCAGCCGCAGGAGGUAAGCGGUCCGGUCUGCUGGUUCUCAUUCGGUGCAUUUCUGUCAGACUCUCUUCAUCCUCUCUUCUGUGACACAGUACAUCAUGGAGCUGACGUUCACUCAAGCAGCGAAGGGGGUCAAUAAAGAGAUGUCGGUCAGCAUAGAUGCAGCCUGCCAGCGCUGUGAUGGUAAAGGUCACGAGCCUGGAACUAAGGUGCAGCACUGCCACUACUGCAACGGCUCCGGCAUGGUGAGAACAUUAGCUGUGGUUAUAAUUAAAGCUCCCCUAGGGAACUUUUUGUCAAUUUUAACACCCUCUGUGAACAGAGUGGUCUUUGCUCAAGUAGUGUACUGAUGAAAAUCUCCUCCUGCUGGCUUUGGAAAGACAAUUUAAAACCAAGAAAACUACAACAAACCUCUUACAUAUCAUAUAACUAAUCUCCACACAGCAUAUGACAGAUGUUUCAAUUACUGUCUCUAUCAUGAUCAUGUGUUUUUUUCUGCACCCCGUCCCCUCUGUAGGAAACCGUGAACACAGGCCCGUUCGUGAUGCGCUCCACAUGCCGUCGCUGCGGUGGCAAAGGCACGGUCAUCUCCUCUCCCUGUCACUCCUGCCGCGGCACGGGACAGGCCAAGCAGAGGAAGACCGUGAUGGUUCCUGUUCCAGCAGGUCAGUGUCACUGGACUAGAAAAAAAAAAAAUCAGGAUGGUGUAGGUAGAUACUGUUGGGGAAAAAAAUGACUCCGACUGUAGAUGAUGAUUGUCUAACUGUGUUUUAUGUUUUUGCUUUAAGGCGUGGAGGAUGGUCAGACAGUCAGAAUGCCAGUGGGUAAAAAGGAGGUCUUCAUCACAUUUAAGGUAAGUUUCUGAAUCAACUUGUUGCAUUAGUGUUUACCAGAGAUGGAACAAGAAGGGAAACUUGGAUCAGCUCAUUCUUGGAGUUCUGCUUCCUGAGGUUUUCAUAAUGUGGAACUAAUUGUCAUGGUUUCCGUUUCCAGGUCCAGAAGAGUCCCAUAUUCAGGAGGGAGGGUGCAGACAUCCACUCUGACCUUUUAGUCUCCGUUGCACAAGCGAUCCUUGGCGGCACGGCCAGAGCCCAGGGCCUUUAUGAAACAAUUAACCUCUCUGUAAGUCAGCAUGUGCAUCCACAGGCUUCACCUCUAACAAGAGCUAAUGAAACCGCAUGUUGAGAAUGACCUGGAUUUCCUUUCUUCAGAUCCCUGCAGGCAUCCAGACAGACCAGAGGAUACGUUUAGCAGGGAAGGGAAUCGCUCGUGUUAGUGGCUACGGCUUUGGAGACCAUUAUGUGCAUGUCAAAAUAAAAAUACCCAAGUAAGACGCUGUAAUCACACACCGUUUAUGAGUUUGAAAGUGUCAACCGAACCCAAAAAUCACAGUAUAUUGUUUCCUUGUGCAGGUCACUCUCAGACAGACAAAGAAGUCUGCUCAUGAGCUACGCCGAGGAGGAGACAGACGUGGAGGGGACGGUGAACGGAGUCACUGCCACCACCACAGGUAAGAGGAAGAUUCACCAACAUUUGUAUCACCUGUCUCUCCAUGUAGUGCUUAUUAUCGAGGAUUAUCAAGACAGUGUUAGGAAAAGGUAAUUGUGCUCAAUAGCGAGCCUGGCUCAUGCAGUGUUCGUCUCCGUCCAGGUGGGGGCAGCCGUGGUAAGCAGUUUGAGACAGGGAAAAGCGGGCAUGACAAGAAGGAAGGAGAGUUGAAAGACGAGGGGGGCUUCUUCUCCAAAUUAAAGAGCUUGUUUAGUUCGUCAUGACAGCCACAAACCAGGUAGGAUUGUUACUGAAUUACACCACAAGUCCCGCUGUUUGUGUCCUGCUCCUCACCUAUGAAAUGUGUUUAAUUUUCUGGUUUGUGGCUGUCAUUCACAACCCCUGAUGCUUGAACCCUGUCAGUAUGAGUAUUUACCAACACUCACCGGUUGGUAAAUUGUUAAAUAGACUCCAGUAAGAAGUUUACAGAGCAAAAAAAAGUGCAUCACUCUGUUCAUUUGGCUUACAGAGAGCUGCUUUUAAAUCCUUUUCCUUUCUCUUCUCAGGCAAAAGGUCCUGGAACUGAGGAGCUUCAUCAGUAGAUCACAAACCAGAAGGAAGGACAGAGGGAAACAAGAGCUGCCAUUUGGACAGACAGGUGGUUUUGGAUUACCGUGUUGGAGAAGGCCCACAAAGGUUCUGGUGGAUCUGUUAGAACCUUUCCACCCACCCACCCAGACUUGGAGAACAUAAACCGCUCAGUGAAGCCACAUACAUGAGGAUGCUCCAGUGUGCCAAUCACCUCUCCGUCAGACUUUCACAAAGCAACAAAGACUUGUCAUUUAGCGCAGCAGGUGGUGCAUGCUGGUUUUCUGAAAACAGAAUAAUCCAGUCGCACAGUCAUAAAUUAUUGUACUAAGUCUACAGAUAUAGUCGAACGUUUUAUUUGUAAUUAAAUGAACCCGUUAUCAACCCCCUUUUGCUUUUCUUUUUCUGUAACUAGUUUUUCCCUCACAAUGAUGCCCCCUAAAGCUUCAACUUCAUCUAAUAUAAAUUUACCUUUCAGGUCAGGUGUUGGAAAGUGUGAAGCUGCAGACAGAUGAUCAGACUCUGUCUCUCUUUUAGCCCUUUGCAUUAAGCACCUUCUGUACAUUUGUACUUAGACAGCUGUUGAUGAUAUGACUUUAUCAAUGUGUCACAUAGAGAAGAUUUACUGUACAUCUAUAAUAAAGCUAUGGUCUGGGAAACUUUGCUAAAAUGCUUUGCCUCCAUUAAGUUCUAGCUGGUUGUAUCUAAAAACUGUUUUCACCUUCAUUGGAGAUACUGC